AUGCACAAGAAGCCAUUAGCGCUACUAGAGAAGGUGAACGGCAACUCGGCUCUUAUGUUGCAAAAGUUAUUCAGUAUCAUCGAGCUAUCCACAGUUGAAGGGAAGCCAAAAGAAACCUUGGCAGUGGAGAUUUUACAGAUUGAGAGUAACGCUGCCACGAUCAUACGAUUGGCCGAAGAGUUGUUGACAGUGACACGAACCUUAAAGGAAAACUGGAUCCUCGGGCAGUUGAAAUUAGAUGAUGACCAAUACAACGAAUUAGAACGGAACUUGGAUUUGAAGAUGAAUGACUUGAUAGAAAAGGUGAGCAGUGUCGAAAGGACCGUUAUCCGAUAA